CGGACCCCGGACCCAGCGCGCCCGCACCAUGGCUGGCCCCAGCCUCGCCUGCUGCCUGCUCGGCCUCCUGGCGCUGACCUCCGCCUGCUAUAUCCAGAACUGCCCCCUGGGCGGCAAGCGGGCCGUGCUGGACCUCGACGUACGCAAGUGUCUCCCCUGCGGCCCCGAGGGCAAAGGCCGCUGCUUCGGGCCCAGCAUCUGCUGCGGGGACGAGCUGGGCUGCCUCGUGGGCACGGCCGAGGCGCUGCGCUGCCAGGAGGAGAACUACCUGCCGUCGCCCUGCCAGUCGGGCCAGAAGCCGUGCGGGAGCGGGGGCCGCUGCGCCGCCGCCGGCAUCUGCUGCAGCCCCGAUGGCUGCCGCGGCGACCCCGUCUGCGACCCCGAGGCCGCCUUCUCCCAGCUCUGAGACCCGCCGGCCCCCGACACUGUCGGAGCGCAGCCCUCGCUCCCUCCGUAGCCACUCCCAGGAAUUAUGACUAUUAAAUAAAGCAGAUUUUUUUCCCCUCCAA